GUUAAAUGUAUAAACGUGGUUAUAUCGUGACAAAAAUUGGUAUUUAUGGUAACACUUUACACGCAGUCUUAAAAUUGACGAGUUCACCCGAUACACUUAUACAGGACGAACACAUUAUUGGAUUACCUUAAACUGAAAAUGGCGAAGACGAUAUUCGAUCCUGCCAUUGGUGAGCUGUACAAAAUAAAAGAACUGUGCGCCGAAAAGGGAGUUGAUGCUGACGUACAGAAGAGACUGAGUGAUGCUAUAAGUCUAGCGGAGGCGCGGGAUACUUACUGUGCAAGUGUAAGUUCAGAACCAAGCGAAGCUUUAGCAACACUACAGAGAGAGACUCUAGAGUACCCUUUCGAUCAAGCGUAUCAAGACGGUAAGACAAAAUGGAAACUAUCUCCGAGGAUGAUGUCUGGGCACUUUGAAGGCAAAUUCUUGCAAAGCAUAGUUAGUAUGUCAAAAGCAAAACGAGUUUUGGAAAUCGGUAUGUUUACUGGGUAUUCCGCUCUGGCAUGUGCGGAGGUCCUUCCCGAAGACGGUACUGUGACUGCACUGGAAUUUGAUCCAUUCCUAGAGGAGGUGGCUAAAGGAUUUUUUGCCAAUUCCCCGUGCGGAAAGAAAAUUUCUAUUCGAAUAGGUGACGCAAAGGAGACCUUGCUAAAGCUAGCAGAGGAGAAGGCUCAGUAUGAUAUCGUCUUUAUUGACGCUAAUAAGGAUGGUUACGUAAACUAUUUCAAGACAGUGAUUGAGAAAGAUCUUCUCGCCAAAGGAGGAACAGUGAUUUUAGACAAUGCACUGAUGUAUGGCGGCGCCUAUAAUACGAAAUCAACCAAUGAAAAUGCACUUGCAAUCAGAAAAUGUAAUGAAUAUGUGAAGUCAAGAGAUGAUAUGUUUCAGGUUCUUGUACCUAUCAGAGACGGCGCAUUGAUUGUGAGACGUAAAGAAGAUGUCUACAUAUAGAAACAGACAAGGUAUUAGCUGUAAACGUAGCGUGGUUAACUGUAAGAACAGUUGAACAAAUUGAUGGGACUGGCAAUAAUUUAUAUUUUGUGUUUUGAUAAGCAUUUAUUGAUAUAUUGCUCUGCAAAAAGAAAAUAAAUUAUAAUUUAACAAAGUUA